GUUCCAACGAGCCACCACGUCAUUUCAAACUGACAAUAGUUAAUCAAUUCCUUUGUACUAGAACUAUAAAGAAGGAAAGAUGGCAAGAAAAUACGAAUGUCAACAAUGUGGAGCUUCAUUUUCUAAACUUGGAAUGUUGAUCAAUCAUCGUCGACAAUUUGGACAUAAAGAUAUAUAUCCUUGUACAAUUUGCCAGAAGACAUUUGGACGAAAAGAUAAUCUAGAUCGUCAUAUAUUGAGACACCAGGAUGAAUCUUUAUUUCAAUGUAACGACUGUGGUAUACUGUUUUCGAGGCAUGACAAUUUACAACGCCACAGAGAGGAAAAUCAUAAUCAGAUUGGUAGAGGUUUGAAAAGACCAGCUGAGGAUGACCUUAACCAAAGUUCAAAACGUCUAGUAACCAGUAAAGACGACCCUGAACAAUUCUACGACCUACGUGUUUUGUCAACACAGCAUAUGCAUAAAUUUAAUACAUCGACUACUCGUUACAAGGUAUCGUUCAAAGAAUUAGAAGUUCAUGAUCUACCUAAAAUAUUGAAGACAUUACGCUUGUUAUUUGCAUCUAUAAUUAGAAAUAUUACAGAGUUCAUGCAGUCAACAGACCUCAUACGAUUGUCAGUCCAAUGCCCAGAGUUGGAUUUUCCUAUCACCAUACCUUUCAUGAAAGUCUCUCAGCUUUCAGUUGAAACAUUACUGCAUGAGAUAGAGAGAGUUUUGCAGUCAUAUGAACAAUUUGUGUUGGAUGACACGCUUGAAAUUGAAAUGACACACGUCGUGCUUCCAACAGGGGGAACGAAAAAGCUAAGUAAAUAUGUUGACUUAGAGCGUUUUUUGAAGACAAAGCAGUGCAUUAUCAGCAUUUCAGACAAAGACGAUAUAUGUUGCGCCAGAGCAUUGAUAACUGCAAAAGCAUCUCAGGAAAAACAUGAAAAAUGGGACAGUAUACGGAGAGGUUAUGCAUUGCAAAAGAAACUUGCCAUCGAGCUGCACACACUUGCCAAAGUUCCCCUUCAUAAAUGUGGAAUUGAAGAAAUCAAGAGGUUCCAGACAGUUAUGACAGAUUAUCAAAUUUAUAUUGUAUCAAAGGAACAUUUUAACGGAAUCAUCUACCAUGGACCAGAGGCAGAAAAAAAGAUCUACUUGUAUUUCCAUGAUGGUCAUUACGACGUUAUUACUAGUAUGCCUGCCUUCUUAAGUCGAAGUUAUUAUUGUGAUACAUGCCAAAAGGGAUAUCAACAUAAAGAAGAACAUCGUUGCAAUAACAUUUGUACAUCAUGCCAUAAAAUACACGAGAAAACAGAAGAAGAUUGGAUAUACUGUAACGAUUGUAAUCGUCAUUUCAAGGGAGAACAUUGUUAUAACCUUCACAUACGGACAACCAGCAAAGGCCACUCUACCUGCAAUUCAUACUAUCGGUGCAAAGUUUGUAGUCAAACUAUAAACAAGAACAUGCACAAGAAAACACAUAAAUGUGGAGAAAGUUACUGUAAGACUUGCAAAGAUUUCUUUGAAGUUGGACAUCUCUGCUUUAUGCUUCCAGUUGUAGGCGACAGACAGCAAAAACAUAAAGGUACUGGAAAUAGAAAUCAGGACAACGAAGAUAUGUCAUUUCCUGUAGACGAAAGUGACUCUAAUCGCCAAGUUUACAUAUUCUUUGAUUUUGAAUGCACCCAAGAUGAUUUGUUAGAAUGUCCUGAUGGCUAUCAACCAGGAGGAGACAACUCUGGAUGUAAAAACUGCGGCACAACUAAAUGUGGAGCUUAUGAACACAAACCAAAUCUAUGCGUUGUUCAUAAAGUAUGUGUAGAAUGUUUAAAACAGGAAGUUACACAACAAAGUGAAUGCAAGAUAUGUGGAAAGAAUGAGCUUGUAUUUAGUGGAAUAAAUACAACAAAUGAAUUUUGUCAAUGGCUUUUUUCUGGAAACAAUAACGGAGCCACAGUCCUCUGUCAUAAUUUCAAAGGAUACGACUCUUUUCCUAUUCUUCAAUUCCUGUACCAGAAUGGUGUUCUUCCAAAGAUCGUUCCAAGCGGAGCUAAAAACAUGUCCAUUGAAGUUCCUUCAUGCAAUAUAAGAAUGAUUGGCUCCAUUAAUUUUUUACCUAUGGCACUCUCAAAAUUACUAAAAUGUUCGGAAUUAAGGAACUACAGAAAGGGUAUUUUCCCCAUCUUUAUAACAGGAAAGAAAACCAAAACGUCGUGUUAA